UGUUAAAGUGAGCUGAAUGUUUCAAUCAGCAUGUUCGAUUAGCAAAAGCUGAAAAAAGUUCGGAGACUGCAUAUUGCAUUUUGCAUAUACUUAAAAUAUGCUUUGCCCAUACAUACCUACAGAACCGAAAAUCAAAUUCAGUAACAAAGUCUCGUGAAAAUCGAUGUGAAGUAAAAUAAAACAACACUGGACAACAUUGAACGAUACUGAAAAAUGAGGUCGUAAAACGUCGUGUUUAAUUAGUGUCGGCGAAAUUAAUUCCAAUUUGAUCCGUCUGGUUUUUAUUUGUCUUCACACUACCGUAUGAUAGCACACGUUUUACUUCGUGCAGAACAGAAAACAAGACACUCUCAUAAAGAUCCACGAAGGAGGGAGAAACGAUACAUAAAUAUCACGGGUUCUCAUAAAAGUUAGUGUUGUCGCUUCUUGCUGCUGACACUGUAUGCAAGAAAGUAAGAUGAAGGCUUACGUCUGCGUGAUCUUAAUGGUGAUGUGCGGUGUGGCUCACUCUCAUAACUCUACAUACAGAGCAGAACAAGACUAAACAGUAGACGACUCUACCGGUGAUCAUUCCGAAACCAAUGUGACUAACAAUAAGUAAGAAUAAAUACGCGGAAAUGUAGAACAACUUUCGCAUUGUAUUCUUUGGAUAUUAUUUUCGGAUUUUAACACACGUGUACAAUUUUAGGCUGCUUCUAUCUAGGCAAGUUUUAUGGAGUGGGUGCACAUACUCUUCACCGGUGCACACAGCUGAUAUGUGACGAUUACAGUGAAUUACAUUUUAAUGAGUAAGUCAAAGUAUUUUGUAUAAUUCUGCAAACUGUAUCAUUAUGUAUUUCACCUAACUUAACUGGUUAUAAGAUUUCACGUAUCACGAAAAGUCAAUUCGAAGAAUAAAGAAAAUACAAAUUUGUCUUAUAUGCAUAUAGGGGACAAUUUUUUUAUGCCUAUUCUUGUUGGGAAAACUGACGGGUAUACAAUUACAAUAUUUUAAUUAUCGAUUGCGCUUUAAUGCAAAUUAAUUUUUCAUGAUGCGUAAUCGAUGAUAAUGAUACGUGAUUAGUCAUCUAAGUUAUAAGACAAUAAAGGAGAGAUGUCCUGAAAUUUAAAUAAGAAACAAUAGAUUUUUUCGUACGAUGCUGAGACUCAGUUUUCCGAACUAUCAAAUUCGUGGAUGAACACAGGAAAUGUGCUAUUUGUAGAAAGUUCAAAAAAUUUCAUGCGAUUUUUGCUCUGUUUCUUAAAGAAAGUACACGAUUCCUGGGACACGAUGUACUUCGUAUGAUACUCACUAAAUUAUAAAGUUAACAGCUUUAAAGUAAAUUUUAAAACAAACAUGAUAUAUCGUAAGAAAAUAUUUUGCACAGAACGUCUCAUAUUAUUUCACAUUUCUAAAUAUCUUUCUCUUCUGACGGACAUAUUUAAAAAAAUUACUUCGUAUUUCGAUAUGGAAUUUACUCAUGUAAGACUCUGUCAUGAUUUCAAUGUCAAUAUCCACAAAAUUUCCCUUUCGUGAUCUAAUUUUAUUUCGUUUGUUUCCAGUUGCCCUGAAAUUAGUUGUGAAUAUUUUGAGCAACGAAUUUUGGUCGCUGGUCCAAGGAUAGGCAAGCCUUAUCCAGAUUGCUGUCAAGAAUUUGUUUGUGUCACCUUAAAUAUGCAUUAAAUCUCAUUUUUAAAUUCUUAUAAAUAAUUACAAUAUCUAUUUAUAAAACUAUCAUAAGCAUUAUACAAAAGAGCAUCAACGUGUGGUUACUUAAUUAAAAAAGUAAACUUUUUAAAUAAAUGGUUACAACAGAAAAAUACGUAUUAACCCUUUGAAGCGUACAGUUUUCCUUUCAGCCGAUUUUUCUGAAACUUAUUGUUAGUACUUAAAAGUUUUUUCGGUCGCUGGUUACCAUUCUGGUGUUCUCGAAACUAUAAAAUUCAAAAUAGCAUAUCCAAGAUGGUGGUUUAAAAUUACAAAAAUCAAUCAAUGUUUCUAAGAUUUAAUGUUUAAAAGUUUUUUUAGGUCGUUGAUUACGAUUCUGGUGUAAGAAUUACAAAAUUCAAAUGCAGAUUUUCAGGCGUUCAUGUUGGAUCCACCAUUAUAAAUUUUGUAAUUCUGAUCUCAUAUGUGUAAUCAGCAACGUAAAAAACAACCUAAAAAAAAGUUUUUCAUCCGAACACGUUUUGCAUGUACAUAUAAGACCAGAUACCAAAUUCAACAACAAAGUCACGCAAAAACAUGAAAUCAAAAUGAGAUGACUGUACUACGUUCAAGUGAAAUCGUAAUACGCCGUGUUUAAUUAAUAAUAUCGUUAAGACUAAUUUGGUCUUCCUUGUUCUUUUGUAUCUUCUCGACAUUGUCAUUUACGAUAACGCACGUUUUUAAUCGCAAAACAGAAAAUCAGAUGUUCUACUAAGAUCCAUGAAGGAGGGAGAAACAAUACUUAAAAGUCAUGGACUCUUUCGAGUUUUAGUAUUGUCGUUUCUUGCUCGUGACUCUAUAAACAAGAAAGCAAGAUGAAGAGCUACGUCUGUACCAUUUUGCUGUUUUUAUGCGUAGUGGUUUACUCUCAAUAUCCUGAUAACCCUUUAGGUUGUGAAUAUGAAGACAAGUUUUAUAGUCUGGGUAAACAUACGAUUUACAGCAACAUUUCUGAGGGUACACUUACGAGUCAGCCGUGCACAGAGCUGAAUUGUGAACGGUUCGGUCGAAUAACGCUUACCUCGUGUCCUCGAGUUGGUUGUAAUCCCCCAAUGAAACUAGUUUAUCUCUAUAAGAAAAACGCUGGCAUAAGAAGAGACAAGCCUUAUCCAGAUUGCUGUCUAAAAACCGUUUGUUUGGCCACGACUUUCAACUACUCAUACUUCGUAUAAGCGUUCAAUGAAAAUUAAUUGGUAAUAGUUGAAUCGAAAUAUUGGUAAAAUGUAUCGAAUAAAUUUUCAUUUGAUGCCGAUUCGACAUCUUUGUAACCAAUUAUUUUUUCACUGAGUGAAUGCAUACUGGAAAUGUAAACGUAUUCAGGUUAUUGAAGUAAGUGCACAGCUCACGUGCUUCAAGCUCUAUCGCAACUGUAAUGAACACUUCUUUGUCGCGUCGAAGCACGUAAAGUUAAAUUUCUUGAUUUAGUUUUGCGCGAUUAAAUAACAUCGCUGUGUAAUGCGCGUAAUUGCAUAAUCAAUAUGCUUAUAUCGCUGUAAUACAUUUCUCCUUUUAUUUCCGUGUACAUCGAACGGCGUCGAUGAUAAGCGAGGAAACGUGAGGUUUUGUAACUUUUUGAAAGUGUUAACCCGUUCGUUUAUCUCAAAUAUUGCGCUUAUACGCAAUGAUUUUUCGGGAACAACGUAUGAACGUAUAAUGACAUUGCUAGUCGUAAUAUAUACUCGUGUAUACAAAUGUUUUACUCGAAAUACAAUAUGAAAUAUUACGUAUUUAUCGAGAACAUUUGUCUAAUUUUAUUUCUACCUGUCCACACUGCAAUUGGUUUCU